AUUCCUCUAGUAAUGGCAUGGCUGUUAAGUUCUCAGGGAAGACAUUCUUCAGAAUUCCAAAUAAGAUACUCAAAAGGAGGAAGGGUGAGCAAAUGAAUCGUUACGAAAUAGUCUUCCGAACAACAGAGCUCAAUGGUUUAUUGUUGUGGCUGGGUAAAGGGAGAAACAACAAAGGACAUCAUUUUGGAGUGACUGUAGCUGAUGGGUUCCCAGAAAUGAGGUUCAAUCUUGGCAAAAAGCAAGCUACUCUCCAAAUUUCUAAAUCAAAGGUUUAUGUCAGUGAUGGUGCCUGGCAUACACUCAUGGCCUACAGAAGACAAAGACAUGGCUUCCUUCAAGUCGAUGAUGAGAGUCCUAUCAGAGCACUCUCACUCUCUGGGCCUGUGAGACUUCACUCGAAUGGUGGGAUAGUGCGGAAGGCGAGCGCCGCACCAGAGCAGGAGGGCUCAGCGGGUGGCCAGCAGUCGUCGGAGAGGAGCGAGCUGCAGGUGUGGUUGAUGCGGCAGGCGCCGCCCCUCGACUACUCGUAUGCCCGGCUGCGAGAACUGGACCACCUCGAGGACAUGGGGCUGGAACCCAGGACCGACCGUGUGCGCCGUGCGCCGCAGCGCUCCAAAAAGUCCGGGCUGUACAUAACGCGUUCGCUGUGGCUGAGCAAUAACCUGCUGAAGUCGGUACGCGGCCUGCAAGCGCUGACGCGGCGUCUGCUGUGGCAGCCGGAAGCGCUCGCCUGGCUCAACCUGUCGCACAACUUCCUGGUGGAGCUGGGCGCCGAGCUGGCCGACUUCCACAACCUGACCAUCCUCUACCUGCACUGCAACCGCGUCCACACUCUCAGCGGGAUCGCCGUGCUGCGACACCUGCCGUUCAUCGCCCACCUCACUCUGCACGGCAACCCGCUCGCACAAGUUCCCUUCUACAGGAGAGCAGCAGUUGUAUCCACAUAG